AUGCAGCCCUUUAGUUUUAGUUACAGAUGUGAAAAAAGUAAAUAUCUCUCUGUCUGUGUAGGUUCGGUUUGUUCUUAUCGAUCCAUUUCUUCGAGUGUGGGUGUCCUACGCUACUUCCGUUCAUGUUUACGUUCUCAAAAGACCUUGGAAAAACCAACGCCGACCAAAAUCCAAGUCUCCCUUUCUCUUUUGGGAGCAGAGCUGAAAAAGAUGGAAAUAUGUGCUAUGUGGAAUCACCGUAUCUUUCACUUUGGGCUUGACCAAGCAAGCCAGGCGUCUUCAAGAACUUUUAGUUCAACAACGCGAAAAGGAAAUCCAAUUUCGGUAAGACUUUGUCUGAUCUCCAUGCGUCUCGUGGUGGCCGCCUUACCCAUUUUUCUAGUUCUAGUAAUGUGGUUUGGGUCCCAGGGGUCUCUUCCUAUCGAUCCCCAUAUUCUGGAGGCAGUCAAGGGAAGUUUCGUACGGCAGGGGGUGCUUACAAUUUGCCGGCUCCUGGGGUUCGAUAUGCCCGUUUUCAUUAUUAUUCUGGCAGCCAAAAUAUUCUAUAAAAUACUGUUUUGGUUGUGGGGAAUUUGA